AUGUGUAUCAUGAAGCACCCAAAAUUCCGAACUGGAAGGAACAUUGAUGUUCUAAAACAAAUGCUGUGGAAGAACAACAGAGACUUGCUCCGUAUUGUGGAGCAAGAGAGGCGGAGGAGGCAGGUGGCUCCAGAGGAGAAAGAUCCAUUUUUGGAGAAGACUCCCCUCUUUGCCAAGCCCUACAAGACAGAUAAAGAAGAUGAGCUGUCAAGGCGCAUCAAGAACCUGCUGGGCGACGAGGACUCCAAGGUGCUCCUGAGCCAUGAGUCCCCUCUGAAUCCCAGAUGGAUCCCAAAAAAACCUCAAUCCAACUUACAGGCCUCCAGUCACAGGCCGGCCUCCAGUAAGACAAAUCCAUGUGAGGACAUAUGGAGAGAAUCCUCACCAGAAUCACUGAGCACCAGACCUAAGCCUGAGCAGAGCUACGGUGCCAGCAAUGAAGGUCUCUCAAAUGGGAGGUCAGAAGCCAAAGCUCCACAAUCUGAAAUCUUUCUUGAGCCUGUCAAGCCCAUGGUGCACACUGCUGUGCAGUCCAUUGAAGGAAUAUUGAAGGAAAUGUGCAGCCCCCUGCCCCCUCUCCUGCCAUCCCUUCAGUCACCUGAGAGAACAGAGACUUCCAAAUUUCCUGUGCAGGCAAAGGUAACCCAGCCUACUUUUUAUGGGGCUUCCAAUAAAUGACAAGAGAUCUUGCUGCUGAGCAGAAGUCCAGUCCUGGCAGAAGGAGCCUGCCUGGAGACCUGCCUGAG